CCAACCCCCCCAACACCACAUAUUUACCUAUUCACCCCAAUACACAAAUUCUCCUGGAAUAUAUAUAUACCCAUCCUUGAUCUCUACGACUCCUCCCUCCUCCCUCCCCGCCUCUUAACCCCUCACCCCACGAAACGUGGCUAAUGUUUUAUGCGAAUCCUGGUAAGAGAAACGUUUCGCGUCUUCCUCGAUGAUCAUCGAGAACAAAGAAAGAAAGAAAAAGAAAACACAAGAAAUCAUUCCUAUCGCUGCCAUGAUUCCAUGUUUCUUAAAUUUUUUGAUCAUGUGUUCCCCCCCCGCCCCCAGUCCUUGUCCAUAUACCCUUCCGAUGCAUCUCCUAAAAAUCCAUCAUCCAUUCUUUUCCAGCAGACUCGUCACUCUCUUCCUCUCUAAAUAGACGAUCUUUGUUCGCUGUGAGUCUCUGUUUCUCGUAUUUUUGUCGUUAUCCAUCCGGGUGAUGAAAUAUCCUGUGCCGGAUUGUGUCCAAUCCAAGAUGAGCCUCUUGCCGUGCCGUGAUGAACUCUGUGGAAAGAUGCUCAUGGGAUAUUUGGUUUAUAUAUAUAUACAUAUUAUGGAGAGAUUUUUCUUUUUAAAUUAUUCAUGACCGUGCGAAUGUCGAUCGAUCUAUUUUUUGCUUAAGCAUUAUCUUUUUUCUUUUUGCGGCUUGCGCUCUCGUCUCAUGGAUUUGGAUCUUUUUAUUGAUUCGUUGAUAAAGGACUGCUGACGCGUCAAAGUCAUUUUAUACUGCGGGACGGAGCUAUGUUUUGUGUAAAUUUGUUUGUUUACUCGCAAUUUUUAGCCGUGACUGUCAAUUAUGUCUUGAAAUUUGUAGAAAGAAAAGAGUGGUGAUUGUUUUUUUUUUGGUCGUUAUGAGGGUUCUCAAGAGAGCCUGUGUGCAGUUUCAUGGAUUCUUCAUGAAAUUAUGAUAAUUGCGAAUUUUAUUCCCUGCAUAUUAAUGUAGUGGUAUUUGAAUUUCCGAUUUUCUUAUUUCGCGCUGUUCAGACGGUUACCACUCUUUUUUUCUUUUUUUUUCGUUAAGUACUUUACGGUUGCUUGAGGUGUACUUGACGCAAGUACUAGAAGCUUUUGUUUUUAUUCAUCAGACUCUUGAGGCAUUAUCAAAAAUAAAAAUCUACAGUGAAGAGCUUUAUUAUUACAGUGAAGAAAAAAAAAGAUAUGUUCACAAAAAUUUGAUAGUUAACGAUUCUACAAAAUUUUGCCGAAUCGAAAUGAUCUUUGCGGUUCGAUCGAUCGUUUUUAUUAAAGAUACACGAAUUUACGAGCGACCCGGUCGUGCGGGGUAACCUAGUUUAAUUUUUCAAAAAUAAAAUGGAAAAACGUUCCAACAGAAUUGCAUGCGUCUCGCUCACAUUAUGAUUAGCAAAAGUAGGGCUGUGCAUGUCGAAACAAUAAAUGAUACGAGAAUCACAUUCGAGACAGUCGUAAAAUAAUUAUCAGAUAAGGUCGCAAGUGCAUCCAAAAAAUUGUCCAUUGCAUUUUCGACUUUUCAUACAUGCACAAUCAGAAUCUCGUGAGACAUAGCGAUCCUUAAAUCUUAUAAAUUUAUAUCCACUUCGAAUAUCGUCGAUGACCGAUCGUCGUUCGGCAGAUCGAUAUUUAAAAAAAAAAAAGCGGCACGGCAUCAUCUCCAUUACGUAUUAAAAAGAUUGUAACACCGACACAGGCUAUAAACGCGAAACUCACUCAUCCUUUGAAUUCGUGCAUAAUUAUUGACAUAAUUGUAGGUAAACUAUAUAUAAAUAUAGUAUCAGUAGCGUAAACAAUAAUUAUGAAUAAUUAAAUAAAUGUCAUCUAUCCUACCGACACUGACUUUGACUGCUUCCCUUUUAAUUAACGAUCACACUUUAUUCGCUACCUCUCGUCAAUCUCGAACUGAAUUCGCAUCGAGUAGCAGCCGCCAUGUUGGAAGGAAAUUCGCUCCGUGAGAAUCGCAGAGACAUCAGCCGCAGCCUGACGACGGAGAAGUUUGGAAUUCUUCGAUCUUCUACCAGAAGAUCCAAAACUCUACGACAAGAUGAGACCACCUAAGAAAGAUGGCCAAGCUACAGUCGUGUAUUUUCAUGUGACAGUGAUGGGUCUCGAUUCCAUCGACGAGAAUUCAAUGACCUACGCGGCGGACAUUUUCUUCGCGCAAACAUGGAAGGAUAACAGACUACGACUUCCGGAGAACAUGACGUCUGAGUACAGAUUGCUAGAAGUCGAUUGGCUCAAGAAUAUGUGGAGACCAGAUUCCUUCUUCAAGAAUGCCAAAUCUGUCACCUUCCAGACUAUGACGAUACCGAAUCACUAUCUAUGGCUCUACAAAGACAAAACUAUCCUCUACAUGGUGAAACUAACCCUCAAAUUAUCCUGCGCCAUGAACUUCCUGAUUUAUCCCCACGACACGCAGGAGUGUAAAUUACAGAUGGAAAGCCUGUCGCACACGACGGAUGAAAUGAUCUUCCAGUGGGACCCCGACGUUCCCCUGGUCGUCGACGAGAACAUUGAGUUGCCCCAGUUGCAGCUCGUGAAAAAUUACACAGCCGAUUGCACGCAGGUUUACUCCACCGGUAACUUCACCUGCCUGGAAGUUGUCUUUGUGCUGAAGCGUCGUCUUGGAUAUUACCUCUUCCACACCUACGUUCCAACCUGCCUGAUAGUAAUAAUGUCGUGGGUUUCCUUCUGGAUAAAACCGGAAGCUGCUCCGGCUCGUGUAACCCUGGGAGUCACUUCCUUGCUUACGUUAUCCACUCAACACGCCAAGAGUCAAGCAUCAUUGCCACCAGUGUCCUAUUUGAAAGCAGUGGACGCCUUCAUGUCCGUCUGCACCAUAUUUGUCUUCAUGGCCCUGAUGGAAUAUUGCCUGGUGAAUAUUGUACUUGGUGACAAUGAUGCACCACCCGCUAAGCCUCCACCACCGCCGCCACCACCGUCCUCAUCCACUGGAACGGAUACGACGAAACUUGACAAGAUAUUCGAUAUCGCCACCAAGGUAACACGCCUGGAUGGCGCUCCAAAGCAUGAGAGUGACUUCCGUGCCUCGAAGGCUGUGGAAAGGACGACCUUACGAGGCACGGAUGGGACUAGUCCUGCCGGCGUUCAAGUUGAGAUCGUUCUCACACAGGAAAAUGCCAUGUUGCUGUCUGGCCGAUCGCAGAAGUCAAACACCGGACCACCAGCAGGACCGACACCGGCGCAGAAGGCGCGCAUGCGCGCGUUGAACAUCGACAGGGUCUCUCGUGUCUUCUUCCCUUUCCUCUUCGCCGUACUCAAUGUCACCUAUUGGAUUAUGUUCGCCGAGUAUAUCUAAAAAGAAGAAUUGCAUCAGGAUGAUAUUAUAUAAUUAGAGGGAGGAUCAAGCAUACCAUGAGGUUGAUGAUCGAGAUCAGGAAAUCAUUCGAUGCGUGAUGCGCAUUGCUUUUUAUUGAUCGAUCAUGAUGGGAUGUUGAUUGAUACUAAAAGUAAUUGACGUCUUUUGGCAGAAAUGCUUGUACGCUCGCUCAUUUGUGGAAGAUGCAUUUUUAAAUGCAUUUAGGGCAUUUUUUUGUUGGAUGGAUCAUAGAUCUGGAAUUGGUAUCAUUGAAGCCGGAAGUGGCUGAUCAAGUGACUAAUGGUGCUGAGGGGUCAGUCGGUGCACUCUUUGAGAUACUUGAGGCUUUUUAUUUUAUUUUCAUGGGUAACUUUUUCGAUUUAUAUAGCUAGUCAAUUAUCAUUUUUAGAAUUCUGUCGUGUCGUGCGCGAAAUCCGCCCACCUCGUUCAUUCGCUCGCGGAGUCUUUUUGAUAGAUUGUUCGUUCGAGGUAUCUUGUAUUACUUGCGCGGAAAGAGUCAUCUGACGUUUAUUAAUAUGACGGCUGAUAAUUUAGAGGAUAAUUAAUUAUGCACGGUUGUAUAAAUAUUAUUAUUCAAGUUCUUAGAGAUUGAUUGAACUCUAAAUGAUCGACGGAAUAUUCGUCCAUUGCUUCCAGGCGAUUGUCAAUGAGAAUUCGUAUCCGCUCCUGAUUUACCUCAUAGCGUAGUACUUAGACUAAUUAAAAAAAAUAGGAUCUAUUAAAUAUCCAAAAUUUCGAAAGAUUUGCUAUUUUCAAAAUAUCUUUAGGCAUAAACUAAACACGUGAAUUAUGAAAUUGCCACACGCGCGUAUACUUAAUAGUACAAGAAAAAAUUAUCAAAUCGUAAUACCUAUCUACGCUAAUUGCCUGUAUCGAAAGUGAAAAAUUUUUAAAACAAAAGAGUAUUAUUGACUUCUUCAGGAUAUCACGGUCCUUCUGAAUUUAUGUUUACUGUAAACAGUGUAUAUGAUUGUAGCGCAUGAAAACAUUUAUACAUACGUAAAACGUGAAUAGUUAAACAAAAAUUAUAAUAAAAAGACAAGUGCUCAUAAUUGUCAAAAAAAAAAAAGAUUAAAAAUGUGUCAAUAGUCAUCGAGAUUUCGAUGACACGUGCGCAAUGAAUAUACUUAAUGGGGAUUCGUUUUUGAGAAGUACCAUAAAAUAAUGAACACGAAAAAUAACGAAUCUGCAGCAAAAUGUCACGCGAAAUGCGAAUUUAAAUCGCGUGCUUAACGUAGAUUUUAUGUAAUUGCUAGUAAGACUCAUGAUGUUAUCGCGUCCCUCCUGAAAUGACAGUACAUCAAUUGGAUUAACAAUAAUGACAUUGUAUCCACAUGAUAUCAAAUAGUGGUGAAUUAAUGUAAGGAUUCUUGUAUGGACCCUAAUCGAUAAUUAAGGCAUCGUCGUUAUCAUUUACGUAAUUAUAAGAAUAUAUAAAUGCGCAAACUGA